UCUUUCCUUCUCUCAUGGAGCCUCUCACUUUACUCUGCAUUGUUCCGGCGUUGUAUCUGUGCUUCAUGAUGUGGAAGGUGUUCGACGAGAGAAAAGACCGCGAGUGCUUCAUUUUAGAUUACCAGUGCUAUAAGCCGCCGGAUGACAGAAAGCUUGGCACUGAAUUUUGCGGCAAGAUCAUCGCCAGGAAUCCUUACUUGGGCCUCGACGAGUACAAGUUCCUGCUCAAAGCCAUAGUCAGCUCCGGCAUUGGCGAGCAAACUUACGCCCCAAGGAACUUCUUCUUGGGCCGCGAAGCCCAGCCCACCCUAGAGGAUGCCCGCUUGGAACUGGACGAGUUCUUCCACGACGCCAUCGCCAAGCUCUUGUCCAGAUCACGGCUUUCUCCCUCCGACAUAGAUGUCCUCGUCGUCAACGUCUCCCUGUCCGCCGCCGUCCCCUCCUUGUCGUCCCGCAUCGUUAACCAUUACAAAAUGAGGGAUGACAUCAAAGCUUACAAUCUCACUGGGAUGGGUUGCAGCGCCAGCCUCAUUUCUCUGGACGUAAUCAACAAUAUUUUCAAGACCCAGAAGAACAAGCUGGCUCUCCUGGUGACUUCGGAGUCUCUGAGUCCAAACUGGUAUUCUGGAAAGGACAAGUCUAUGAUUCUCGCGAACUGUUUGUUCCGUACCGGUGGGUGUGCUAUUCUCUUGACAAACAAGAGGAGUCUGAAGCACAGGGUCAUGUUGAGACUCAAGUGCCUGGUGAGAACUCAUCACGGGGCCAGAGACGAGUCAUUCGGGUGCUGCAUGCAAAAGGAAGACGAGGAAGGACGGCCGGGUUUUCACCUCGGGAAGUCUCUCCCAAAAGCAGCUACGAGGGCCUUUGUUGAUAAUUUAAGGGUUAUGUCCCCCAAGAUUUUGCCCAUUGGAGAGUUGAUGAGAUUCAUGGUGAUGUCCCUUGUGAAGAAGCUCACCAAAAAUAGUAGCGCCAAGACCUCAAGCGGGGGAAUGGCCAAAUCGCCAUUGAAUUUCAAGGCCGGGGUUGAUCAUUUUUGCUUGCACACAGGAGGAAAGGCAGUGAUUGAGGGGGUGGGAAAGAGCUUGGAUCUGAAUGAGUAUGAUCUGGAGCCAGCAAGGAUGACAUUGCACCGUUUUGGGAACACGUCGGCGAGUAGCCUCUGGUAUGUGUUGGGGUACAUGGAGGCCAAGAAGCGGCUGAAGAAAGGAGAGAGAAUACUGAUGAUAAGCUUCGGUGCAGGCUUUAAAUGCAAUAGCUGUUUGUGGGAGGUCAUGAGGCAUCUUGAGGACGCCAAUGUGUGGGAAGAUUGUAUUGAUGAGUAUCCACCACAGUGCUUGGCCAAUCCUUUCUUGGAGAAGUAUGGCUGGAUCCACCAACUUGAGGAUCUGGAAAACGUCCAAAUGCCUGAUUUUCUGAGCUGAGCUCUGUCAUCAUCUCUGAUUUUACAGAGAAGCUGAAGAAGAAGAAAGAAAAGGGGGCAUGUAUAAGGGAAACUAUACCCUAUAGCGCUGGAGUGGUUGGACGGGGGUGGAGAUUUGUAUAUGAUAAUAAGUUAUCACUUAUAUCAAUUAUCAUCAAUCUCCACAACAUCCUGCACCGCCAUUUUCAUUGUUUCUGUGAAUUUGGUUUCUAUUUUGCUGUGUUGUACACUAUAUGUCAUUGUUGGAUACCGCACUGUUUAAGGGGUUAUGGUGAUAAUUAUUAACGGGAACAGAUUAUGAAAACAACAUUUUACUGAUC